CCCCUCGCGCCCUCGCAUCAACCCCCAAACCGACUUGUGCCCGUCAACUGCAUCUUCCCAGCCCGGUGUGGGGACACACCGGCCAAGUCCCCGCCGUGUGUGGUGUGCAGAUGACAGCCGCUGGGCUUCCUUCCCCAAGCGGUCGCGGGCGGGCGGGCAGGAGGCAAAGUUUGUCGGAGAAUCGGGGUGACUUUGCUCGGGGACCCGCAUCUGCGCGAAUGCGCGGUGCCGCGGAGCGCGUCUCGCAGCAGCUCCGGGCUGGGGACCGGCUGUCCCUCGCUCCCGGAACCCCUUCAGGGGUGUGUUCUGGAAAAGUGGUGACAUGAGCUAGCGCUGGAGCGGCAGGAGGGAGCAGCUCGCACCCCUGCAGCCCAGGCGGGGAGGGCGCAGACCCCGCGGCGCUGCCCUGCGGCCGCGAUGAGGGAACAGCCCUCGUUUGCCUGGCGCUGAUACUCGAGGCUGUGGCGGUAGUGGAAUGCGAAAGCCAGGACGGAAUGGAAACAGGGCCAGAAGACCUCUACAGGAUGCCUGAGGCAAAUUCUCCCAGGCGAACUCCACAGAAUGUUCCCUACCAGGACCUGCCUCACCUGGUCAACGCGGACGGACAGUACCUCUUUUGUAGGUACUGGAAGCCCAGUGGCACACCCAAGGCCCUCAUCUUUGUGUCCCACGGCGCUGGGGAGCACUGCGGCCGUUAUGAUGAGCUGGCUCAGAUGUUGAAGGGGCUGGACAUGCUGGUGUUUGCCCAUGACCAUGUUGGCCAUGGGCAGAGCGAAGGAGAGAGGAUGGUGGUCUCGGACUUCCAAGUGUUUGUCAGAGAUGUGCUGCAGCAUGUGGACACCGUUCAGAAGGACUACCCUGGGGUCCCUGUCUUCCUCCUGGGCCACUCCAUGGGCGGUGCCAUCGUCAUCCUCGCUGCUGCAGAGAGACCAACCCACUUCUCUGGCAUGGUCCUGAUCUCGCCUCUGGUUCUUGCCAAUCCAGAAUCGGCAUCAACUUUCAAGAGCAGCUCGAAGAUCAUGAAGCGCCCUAUUGAAAAGACAGCUGAAGUGGCAGUGGCUUGGAUACCAUAUGCAUUCCACCUGUGGGUCCUCGCUGCCAAAGUGCUCAACCUUGUCCUGCCAAACAUGUCCUUGGGGCGCAUCGACUCCAGCGUGCUGUCCCGGAACAAGUCGGAGGUCGACCUGUACGACUCCGACCCACUCAUCUGCCGCGCAGGGGUGAAGGUGUGCUUUGGCAUACAGCUGCUGAACGCCGUCUCCAGGGUGGAGCGUGCGAUGCCCAAGUUGACGCUGCCGUUCCUGCUGCUGCAGGGUUCUGCUGACCGGCUGUGUGACAGCAAAGGUGCCUACCUGCUCAUGGAAUCGUCCCGGAGUCAGGACAAGACACUCAAGAUGUAUGAAGGUGCCUACCACGUCCUCCACAAGGAGCUUCCAGAAGUGACCAACUCUGUCCUCCAUGAAAUAAAUACGUGGGUCUCUCACAGGACAGCAGCAACAGGAGCCGGGUGCCCACCCUGAACGUACUGGCCAGGCAACCAGCUUGUGGUCUGGGGGAAGCAGGCAGAGGAGGGGCAGUGCCGGCUGGCU